ACUGGUCAAGGUCGGAACCCAGGGGUUCCGAUCAACCAUAUGGACAUUGUCCACUUGCCAAAUCCCUGCAAUUUCACUGGUACGCGAUUAGGAAGUUCCAGCUGGAUCAAUCUCGUUCAUGGAGAGCGCCGGAGGAUGUAGUUCAAGUUCAAGAUCAGCCAUUCCUUUAACUUGUUAAAGCUCCGUGAAGAAAGCUCAGCGGUAAAGAAAGAGAUUCGCUGACUGCGCAACAUCCUCUGUAAACUAAAAUCAAUUUCAUUAUAUUAAAAUAUAUCAGAUUUAAACUUUUUAUUCAUUUCAAAUUGAUUCAUUAUUCAUUUGAAUCUAGAUUUUUAAAUAUGUAUCAUUGUAUUUAUAAUUAUUCAUCAUAGUUUAUGUACUAUAAUUGAACUCAAUAACAAAUGAUUAACAAAUCUACUAGCUUUUCAAAGUUCUACAAUAAUUGCUUGACCUUGGUUAAAAUGGAAGUAAUUGUUUGAAUGAAUUAUAAAACAAUGUUAUAAUGGAAAAACUGAUGGUGUUUAAUAACAUUGUUUUAAUUUGAAUAAGAAAUGAUUUUAAAAUAUCAUGGUAAAAUGUUAGAUUUCUUUUAUUGGUAAAAAUCAUUUGUUUCUUGUCAGUUUUAUACUAUUGGGUUUAGCCCAUUUAAAGAAAUUAUAACUCAGAACCCAAUGAGAGGAAGUAAAAAGUUUUGUUGUUGAGAAUCCAUUGGGCUUAGCCCAUAAAUCGAAAUGUUCGUCCUAAACCCAUUUCGUCUCCUCUUCCUCGCCUGCACCAUCACCUCUGACCCGGCGAAGCUAAUCCGUUAGCUCCAACUGCACAGCCGGAGGUAAGCCAUUUCAUUCUUUAUCGUCUUCUUUUCUUCUUUCAUAGCUCUCAUUCUCACAUUAUUUUUCUAUGAUUCAUGGAUCCCAUUUUUUGAUUUUGGUACGAACUUACUGAGUUUGGAUCAUUCGUUCUGUUUUUUUUUUUUGUUUAAUAGAGUCAUGAAGAAGCUUAUAUCACUUGUCAAGAACGUUCAUUCUCGCCAAUGCCAAGUAAACUGGUCUGUGCAAGUUCGUUUCUUACAGAAAGAUUCUGUGUCAUCACUUUAUGAUCCGUACGGUCUGCCUUCAAGCAAGAUCAUGGAGAUAGCUGAGCGUAUAGCUGCAACGUCUCCACAAGAGCGGAAAGUAAUCAGUCCUACACUCAACGAACACCUGAGGCUUCCGAAGCAAGAGAUGAUUUCGACGCAAGGGAUGAUGAGUUUGGGAGCGAAACAAGAAGCUGGAACGGGAAAACAAGAGGAGAAGACGGUGUUUGAUGUGAAGCUGGAGAAGUUUGAUACAGCUGCAAAGAUCAAAGUGAUUAAAGAAGUGAGAGUGUUCGCGAGUUUGGGUCUCAAGGAAGCGACAGAGCUUGUGGAGAAAGUACCUGUUGUGAUUAAACAAGGUUUGACGAAGGAGGAAGCUAAUGGAAUCAUAGAGAAGAUCAAAGAUGUAGGUGGAGCCGCAGUUAUGGAGUAAGUGGACUUUGAUUUGUGUGUUUGGUAUUGUGAUCACUUCUUGGUACUUACAGUAGAUGUUUUGUAAUAACAAAUCAAUGAAAUCAUAGAGUUUUUCAAGAACUUUGUUUCAAAUUUCAACUUUGUGUUCGUAAGUGAGUUCUGGUUCUUUAUCACUAGAUUUGGUUUACUUAGUCUCAAGAAAUCUAGUUACUGACAUAGUGACAUGAGUUCAACACCUUGUUUGACGAAGCACAACAUGGAAAUACAUAAUGGCUUGCUCUUGUUCCAUGUUCAUGACUAGCUCAGCUCAGGUCGGUUUCGAUCUGGUCGGGUUUGGAUCUAUUUUUAAUUUUUAUGAAACCCCUAACGGAACCGAGUUAAACCCAA